UGGCACGUGCCUGCAUUGCUCUCCUCGUCGUGUUAGAGUUCAGCCAUUUCUGUCUGCACUUCAGGUUCUUCUCUCUUUCUCCUUUCAACGACUCGAACAUCGUUCCCCAAACUCGUCAUCAAAGAUCCAUACACCUUCAAUUCUUCGUUUCUACUUCUUUUGAUCCCGUUCUUCUUGUUCAAGCAUCACGGCCCUGCAAUUUGGCGCUCUCUCUUUUGCUCUAACUGAUUUCAUACAUUGAAGGCAGGGAGGUGAAUUUAUAUUGUUCAGCAGAUAUGGUUUCCUUCGAAAUGAAUGACCGCAAGAAGAUUGGGCUAGGACUUACAGGAUUUGGGAUAUUUUUCUCAAUCUUGGGAAUUAUCUUCUUCUUUGACAAGGGAUUACUUGCUAUGGGAAAUAUCCUGUUCGUCUCAGGAGUAACUCUCACCAUUGGACUCAAGUCAACCAUGCAGUUCUUUAUGAAACGUCAAAAUUUUAAGGGAACAAUUUCUUUUGGUUUAGGGUUCUUCUUUGUUAUCAUAGGAUGGCCAAUUUUUGGCAUGAUAUUGGAAACAUAUGGUUUCAUUGUCCUUUUCAGUGGCUUCUGGCCAACAUUGGCAGUCUUUAUUCAGAAAAUUCCUAUUCUUGGAUGGUUAUUCCAGCAACCAUUUGUCAGAUCGUUCGUCGACAAAUAUCGGGGUAGACGUGUUCCCGUUUGAGCAGGGAGGUUAUAAAUCCGUUGGAAGGUGAACUUGUAAGUUGUAAACCACUCUUGCUUGGAGGCCCAAUUUUUGUUCAGAUGGCGAGAGUAGAUAACACUCUCGCAGUUGGUAAUGAUGAGGACUAUGUUAUCCCAAAAAAAGAAAAAAAAAAUGAAGGAAAGCUAAAGAACUAAGAAACAAACAUAAACUCUUUUUUGCAUUUUUCUUUUUGGGUUUUGAUAUUUCAUUUGUGUAAAGAGUAAUUGUGAGUUGUAGUUGAACAUUCUAUAGUUGCUAAUUUUCAAAAUUCUUGGUGUCAUUCUUUGUAUUUACAUUAAUGAUGAAAGGAUAUGGUCAGAUUUUUAUGGGUUA